AUGUGCUACAUCAUAAACAAUGAAAUCGAAAGUAGACGAAUCAAAAAAUCGAUAGUUUACCAAAAAUUGUUGGUCAGACGAUUCAUCAUCUAAGAAUGUUUAUUUCCCAAGACAGGGUGGAGGAAGCUGGGGGAAAGCACUGGUUGGGUAUAUGAAGUGAACUCUGUGUGACCCCCUAGUGAUGUCAUCAGCAGUAUACUACAGGCCAACGAAUUUAUUCCGCUGUAUACAGAGUAUGUACUAUUUCAAAUAUUUGGUGCUAAAUACUGUUUUUAUUUUUCCAAUGUAUACUUUAAGUGAGUAUAUUAAACUGAGUCCACAUAACCAACGAGACAGCAUCACAUCAUGUACCAAAGGAUUGAGGGAGCAAAAAGACAAAGCUGUUUUCACCAGUGAAGUUAAAUUUGACAGUAACACCACAGACUAUACCAGAAUAAUAUCAUAUGAAAUUAAAAGACAUUCUGAAGCAUCUUUCUCCCUUCUUUGUACUGUGAGCAUUAAUCAAGGCUGCCAGGGCUUUGAAGACAGAGAUUGUUACUGUAACCACACAGAUGCCCAGGAUGUGCAUCAUAUCUUUAUCAACAGAACAGUUCUUCAAAUGGACAGUGAAGCAGAAAUACGAGGAUACUUGUACCACAUCAGCUCUAACAAGCUCUACAGCUCAGUCCAGACACUCCCCACAGUCUACAGUAGUACUUCAAGAUUACUGCAAAUCAAUGGGAAAAGCUAUAUUGGUCCAAACUGCUAUGUUGAAAUGAAUGCAAAUGAAGACCAGGUGGUAUUCUCCUGUUUGAACACCCCCUCCCCCUGUUUCACCAAAAUCUACCAGAAAGGUACUGUGGUGGCCUCAGGGAGUAUGAGCACCAGUUACACAGCCAGCAGUGGGGACAAUCGUGUUACGGAGUUCAUAUUUCGAAGCUCUGUUUGUGAUGAGGAUUAUGAACAGACAUUAAGCUCAUGCAUCUUUGUUAGGGGUGAGCCAUGUAAAACCUUAGAGAAAAAUAUGGAUUGGCAAAGUGGCAUAUUAAUUGUCAGUUUUCUAUUGCUGAUUGUACAGACUGUAGGGAUGUUUCCUUAUUUGAUUAUAAGGCAUCGACAAUUGCAGAAGAAGGUAUCAGAUCACAUCCAGUUCACAGAACAACAGUUUUCUCUGAAUGAGAAUGCAUCAAUUUAAUAUUAAAUUUUCUGACAAAAAGGCAAAAUAGACACAUCCAAUGGAUAGAACUAACUGGCAAACUGUCCAUAUUUACAACUGAAAUCAAGAAAAGACUGGAUUAGGAUCGCAAUUUGAGUUUGGUCAGGGAGACCAAGAAUAAAAUUCAAAAUACACUCCACAAACUAUGUUAACUGGAGAAGAAAAUACAAUAGGAUGUUAAUCAUUUUUUUAGCAAUCCAUGUAUGUCAGUGCUGCAGAAGAAAAUGUAUCACUUUUAUUUACUUUUACAAUUUGAUUUGGUAAACAAUCUACUAGUCAUAACUAAUGUCUUUAGUUAAAAUGUAAAUGAAGAAAAGGUAAUUAUCAUCACUUUCAGUUUACCAUUACAGUAGCAGAGCAUGAUUAUAGGCCUGCUUAAUUCCAUUAAAAUUCUCAAUUUGGCAUAUUUAACAAAUGUUCACCAUUUAAUGUUCUAUAAUAAUUCAUACAUUUAUUAAGCCUAAGUAUACUGUUUAAUAUUCUACACUAAGUUUAUAUACUGCCCUUACUCUGAGGGGUCAUCCAUAAUCAGAAUCACAUAGAGGUUGGGGAAUUCAGAUCUUUGCAAUGCGGGUGAUGUUUCAGAAAAUAUAUUGAAACAAAAACAAAAUUUUAGCAUUUAUUGAGAAAUUUAUUACUUUUAUCAAUGUUGUCAUUAUUGUGUAUUCUUUUCAAUAUUUUAUUUUUAAUCCUAUUUUUUAUUCUGCAAUCAAUAAUGUCAUUCUUUUUUUUUUGGUGUAAUUUCUUUUUGAAAGAAAUAGCAGAUUUUAGGCUGGGGGUAGGCUGAUAUUUUUGUGAUAAUGUGUAACUAACAGAGGGAAUGAGGAAAAGAUAUUGUAAAAAAAAACUUGUAUAUAAUAUUACUAAACUUAGUCAAUACUAUGAUGAUAACGCUAAUAACAUUUUAAUUUACUUCAAAUUUUGGAUUUAGGCCUUAGCCUUAACAUCACAUCAAUUGAGAAGUUUUUGAGAAGUGUGUUUAUUCAGGUCCAGUAUGUCAUAUGUUUAUUCUCUAAACUGGUAAAGAAUAUUCUUUAUUAUUGUAUGAUUAUUUUAAAUAUGUUGUAUUAACAUUAAAAAGUUAUACUAUGUCUAAGCAAUAGUGUGGAUGUAAUACUAAUAGGCUUGUUAAAACUUAGCUACCUCAUCUUCUUGUAGUUGUAGCAAAUCAGUUUUUGUAAUUAAUGUGUCUAUUAUAUAAGUGCUGCAUAAAGAUAUAUCAUUUUCUUUUUGAUAUAAUAAGAACAGAGGUUAUCAAUUUGUUACAUUGAAAAAAAAUGAAAUUUAAACCCCUCUGAAUUUCAACAAAAAUUUAAGAUUUCUCAAAACCUAAUUGCUCACGAUGUAUGUAGCAUUUAUUCUUUCAGAAAUGUCUCUGGUUUUAAACAGUGAAGGCAUUAUCUAAAAUGUAUUCUAAAACAUAUAAUUAAAUUGUCUAGUAAAAAAAAUAUGUGACUCUCUUUUUUUAGUAAUUAUUAACUCCAAAUCAACAAAACACUGAUGAAGAAAACUAAAUCUGUAUUUUUUAUAAAAAGACAUGUUUGGAAAGUAUAAUUUGCUUCAUUUGUUUGCAAUUUUUUACAUGAGUAUGUGCUUGGUUAGUUGAAAGGCCUAAUCAGAUUCAUAGCGGUUUUUCUGUUUUCAUUAAAUGCUUGCCACCUGCAUAGAUCCAAAUUAGUACAUAUCAAUGGUUUGACUGAAUUAUUUCCUUUGAGCUGUUGUUUUUCAAACCACUACACUCCUGUACAAUUUAACAUCACUGUAUUUUUGUUUAAUUAUGUGGACUGGGUGUGUCUUGGUCCAUAAGUGAAUUUUUAUUUGUUACUUUGUUUCUUCUUGAGUUCUGUAUAUGAUUUAUCAACGACUGUAUAUAUAAUUUUACAUCUGUCAAUUGAUUACAGACACUUCUUAUCUUUACCUUUACUUCAAAUCUGUUACAACUAAAUUUACCUGUGAUCAUAAUGUAUGAGUUGACUUUUUACUUUCUCGUAUAUACGAAGUAUAGAGAAAGUCUUGUAAUCGUGCAAAAAAAAAAUCGAGAUUUUUACAAAUCUCGACGUUUUACACCUCACUGAUACGGAAAAACAUAUUUUUGCAAUCGUGUCCGUAUGUCUGUGUGUGUGUGUGUGUGUGUGUGUCCGUGUGUAAACACGAUAACUUGAGUACCGUUACAGCUAGGUUGAUGAAAUUUCAUAUAUAAUUAUUUUAUCAAAAUCGUAGAUCCGUAUCAACUUUUGAGCGAUUUCCGAUAACCGGAAGUGGUACUUUUUCUACUUUGAAUUUUUCAAAAGCCUGUAACUUGAGUACUAUUUCAGAUAGAUAAAUGAAAUUCCACAUGUAAGUAACAGAUCUGAUUCUCUACCUUCUGUUAAAUUUUGAGUAAUUUCCGUUGACCGGAAGUAGUAAUUUACGCUACUUCCGAUUUCUAAAAAAACUAAUGUAAAUUUUUAAAGUACUAAUAAUAUUGCGCACUAUUAUGCACUUUUUUAUUUGGCGUUUACUUGGUGUGCAAUUAAUUUGUCUACGAGAUUUUAUUCUAUUUUUAAAACUUUAAGUAUUUAAAAUGGAUUAAAAAUCAUGUCUAUAGCCCGAGUUCCCAUCCCCUGUUAUUUUAUAUAAGAAUAUUCGAGAAAGUUUAGGGGAGAUCACUCCCGGUUUAUUUAAAUGGUGCUGAAUCCCUUGUUGACUGCAUUUAUUAUCUACUGUUACCUGUUACCAAUAAUCAAAUCAUGCUUGAUUGUACGCUAAUUGUAAAUAUAUACAUGAAUGUGGAUGUUGGCUUUUUUUUGUAAACAAAAAAAAUAUUUUCCUGUUUUUUUUAAUAAGCUGUCAUUUUAUUUUUAAUUUAUGUAUAAAUUCUGUUCAGAAAUGACAUGUCAAUCCUAGUGUGGAAGAUGAAUGUGUGUUGUGAGUGGUGGUAUUUCGGACUUAAAUACUCAAGACGUUAACCUCUAUAGAGGCCAGAAAAUGAGACUACAUUGUUCAUAUAUGCUGAUUCAUUACUAAACAGAAAAAGAAAAUGUUGUAAUUUGCUUUGUGAGAUAGGUUAGAAGUAGGCUGUAUAUAUGUUGUUUAAAAAUUUAAUUAAAAGAGGUAUGGUUAUCUAAGGUGUAGGCUAGUUCUGUGUACUUUUCUAUAGUCACUGUAUCAUAGCUCUGUGUAGUAAUUUGAGUUAGUAUUUUAAAUAGCCUGUGCUUGUGUAGUUUGAUUAAACU